ACCGUGACUGCUAUAUAUACUUGAUUGCAAAUUUAAGCAUAUAGGCACUAGUUUAACCCUUUUUUUUCUGGUGUCUCUGUGCUGGUCUCAGAGGUUGGAGAAGUGACCCCACAAGCGUUUUGCCUAUAGGCAUGCCCUUGAGCCCUAUUACUUAUACUUUUGUUUCUUGUUUGUUCAGUUGACAACCCCUUUUUCACGAAAGACUGCAGAUUUUGCUGAAAUCGCAUCGUUUUAUAGGAAGGGAGCCAUAUCCUCUUCCUUCGCCAAGCGAUUUAAGAGCCCAAGCUGGCAUACUCAGUUUUUGGAAACUGGGAGGGAAAAGUAGACGCGUUAAGAUCGCUGUAACCCUCACCCAAGCCCUCAUUAAUCAGCCAUAUAGAUGAGAAAAAACAGUUACGAGAGCCAUCCUUUCGGGUUUUACGGGUUUGCAUUCGUGAAUAGUUAUUACUCGUCAACUCAGGUUCAUUUCUCGUCAUAGAAGGUAUCGACCCUUUCCGGGCACUUUCAGCUUAUUUGCUGGUGAUGGGGAAGGAGUUUGGGGUCGACUCAGACAACCCACACCGGUUGCUUCCUAAAGGGCUUACAUUUGGCUGUAACAUCAGAUGUAACUGUAAUAUUACACUAUUGCUAGAAACAUCACUUGUUCCCUGGUGUCCAGCAGACUCUACCCUCUUUGUGUGAUUACUGUAGUGCAGAUCUGCGUUGGGUUUGUUAGAUGCUAUCCUGGCCCGUUUCAAUCAAAAUAGAUCGCGCACAAAGUUUCCAUCUACACUAGUCCCGUACGAGCCUAGGCUAACCGGGGAGCCACCCUUACGCGAUUUAGAAACUAGAUAUAUAAUUUCUCUCGCAAUGUUAGGACAAAGCUAACAAGGAUCACAUGGGUUGGUGGUCCCCGUUCCAUAAUCCAAUGCGCCUCACUUCCUUAAAUUGAAUCGCGCACCUAAGCAUGUUGAGGCCGCCGACGCGUUAAAAUGAUUGCGUAAAUACUAAUACGUACAAUACCGUGUAACAGGGCUAAAAGGGGGUUGAUUGGCCUGCAUGACUCCCCGUGCCCGGCGCGUGUUUUAGCCUUUUCAUAGUUUGGCUCCCAUGCCGGUAUGUCUUUGAGCAACUGUCCUCCUUUGUACGAUAUGAGGGGCGGACUCUUGCAAAUUUCGCACUGUAAAGGUUGUUGUUAUAUUCAAUGCUAGUUUCUCACGAGACUUUGCCUUAGGUUAGGCACUUAGUGUGACGGUAUUGUGUGACUCACAAAAGGCAAGAUUCGUAGAUUUCUCUUUUAUGUCGAAGGGCUAGUUUUCUGUCGCAAAAUUUAUUUCUGAGAGGGUCGUACGUGUGAGAUCCCGUGUAACCUCUCUCUAGCAGAUGCGAUUUGCACGACUCGAACGAGUCGUACCACUUGAAACGGCCCCCUCACGACAACUUUGCCAACCAAUUCUUUGUGUCGCUAAUGAGAUGCGUGUUCCCCAAUUGCACUUGCAAGUGAGAUGCAGUUUAACUAUAUGUGAUACCUCAAGUUAUCACACGGAACUAUCACCCUUUCACCACCAGUACCAAUCGCAUGAAUUGAAAGGCUGAUCUAUCCACUUUUACCCUUCGUACAAGUUGAAGCACACAGAAACACACACACCACGAUUUUCACAACUUGAACAAGUGGUGAGUAUUGGACAACCCUCAUCGACUUGUGGCAAUUUGUUAAAAUUUUGUUGUAUGGGUUUGGGGAUUAGAUAGGGUUGGGAGAGUUCAAUUUAGUUAAGGAUUGGGAAGGGUAAGAGUUCAUCAUGGUGUUUAUGUUAGGAUUAUGUAGGGGAUUUUACAGCGAUAGGGGCAGUCUAGGGUGACUUCCCAUGACUAAAUGCUAAUAAGUAUGCAAGAAGGAUAUUGAACUAUUUAUACCUUAUUAAUAUUCAUUAGACUUCGCGCAUAGUAUAUAAGGAUGUGUUAAUUAUUCACUUACUUUAUUAGUACCUGCGUGUCUUCCCCAUCGAGCUUGCUCGCCUGUGGUGACUUCCCAUAACUAAAUGCUAAUAAGUAUGCAAGAAGGAUAUUGAACUAUUUCCAAGUGCCUGCUACGCAGGCUACUCCCCCCGGGAGGGGUUACUCCUUUAUAUAGGCCAUAUAAGUACCUUAUUACAUGAAAUUUUCGCGACAUGUUUAUUUCGCGAUUUUGAUGAGAGCACAUUUCGCCACACUUAAAUUUGCGAAAAUUGUAUAUUUUGAAUCACUUUAAUUUCGCGUUUUUGAGUACAACAAUCUAGAUGUCAUACGCAAAGUUAUUUAACAUGUCUGAAUUAAAUAAAAAGACUUUAUCAAAGGAACAAUAAAGUCAAAAUCAUGAAGAAAAACGCAAUAGCGGGGACUAAAUGUCAACAGUAACAACAAAGCAGUUCUCACAAUGUCCACAAGCUGUUCAUGCUUGUACGCAAUUAUUGUUCUUGAGUCAAUUGACCACAACAUCCAUUUACACUGAGCAUUCCUCAGAAAAUUAAAAAGUGUGAUUUGCAAACGUUUCAGUGAUAAUAAAAUCGUUGUUUCUUUAUAAGGACAUAAUGUGAGUCACUAAAUCUUGAUGUGAGUCACUUACCGCCCCAAAGGGUAUGGUUUUUGGGCCUUUUUGGUCUGAAAACGGCUACGCACUUAAUUACUGCCUAAAGGCCAGGUCUGAAAACGGGUAUGGAUUUUAGAGGUGUGGUCUUUAAACGGGUGUGGAAAAGGACAAUUUUUGCUCUGAACUUGAUAGGGUCAGGAUUUGGAGAACCGGGCGGCACACCCCCACCAAGAAUUCCCAGGAGUACCCCCCGGGCCCCUCCUGUUGGUCUCCCUCAACCAAUAAGCGCCCAGAGCCUAUAACUCUAAGUGAGCAAAUUCCAUGUACUCAUGUCAGUGCUAUUUCACUAACCAGUUUAUGUUUAGAACUAGUAAUAGUUGACACUACAGCUGCCCCCGCCCUGUAUAUAGUAUUCUUGCUCCUUGUGUAGCUCUUUGAAAUAUACCGAUUCAUAAUGAAGAUUUUCACACAUAUUCCAUACAAUAGGUGAGAUAAAUACAGGAAAUAAACACAAAGUCCCAUGCACAGUUUCGGUUCGAUUUACACAGCUUUGAUCAAAACAUUCUCAGUUUCGAGAAUAGUUUAUUCUAAACCAUACGAAAAGAUUUAAUUAGGAAUUUAAUUUUUCGCUAUUUAAUUUUCUAUUUCACUUUUUACAGUUAGUUCAUUUCAUUUGCCGGAAAGUAAGCGUUAGAAAUUAAAAGGACGUUUGAUCAAUUCACGCUUGCGCAUUCUAGUCUUAUUUUAAACUUUAUAGCGGAAGGACAUCUGUGAGCAGGGAAUAAGCCAGCACAGAAUUUGGGAGAAUUUCUGUAAUCGUCCAUCGUUCUACUAGUGAUAAGCUAGCCGUUGAAUCAUUCACUGGUCUUGUUUGUUUUGAGCCGAGUCUUAUUCCGGUCAAAGAGAGAGAAAGAGUGUCUGGCAAGGUUCAGCUGAAAGUUUCCAAUCAAAGAUUUGUGAACUCGUGUCUGGCAAACUCACUUAGUGUUAAAAUAUACACUGUUCUACGCACCUUAUAACUUCAUCUGCGCUUAACGAGUGUCUUUUGGUCUAUAACUUUCAUAACAACUGCUCCACAGAACGUCACUGAUAACACGUAACGCAAAAGAGUAUCGAAGUAUGACUGCACAAUCAAUGUCACAAAAUCUACCUAUUGUAAGCUUUUUGUGUUUUACGUCAUCCUAACCAUUCGUACUUGCGGGCGCAAACGAUAGAAACGUCAUCAUUACCUACCGAUUCCUCGCGGCCCCUGUUCAAGCAAAUCGAGAUUUUUGCUAUAUUGACUGUAUGAAUGUAUAUUUCAGCUGUAAGUACUUCCCUUAAUAUACGCGCGAGUUACUAGAGUGCCUCUCGGGAUUUCGCCUUCUGGGCGAAAUCCCUGCGGGGGCAAUCAAUAUAGUGCGAAUUUAGAUUAUCCUUCAGGUCCCACAAACCAUGCAGUCAGCAGACGAACAGACCUGAAAAUGGUAUAUUUUUUAGCCUUCAAAGACGUUUAGUUUUCUUUCCUUUUUCACGUCUUAUACUCAGUCAAAUGAGCUCCAUCAUAGACGGAGCAGAGCUUCCAUUUUUCGCGGAAAAAGAGUUCUCAAAUGUACCUAAAGAUAAACCGGUUUGAAAAAAUGUCGUGACAGAGAUCUAAUAUGGGAGUUGCUCACUUUGGGUUAUGGGCUCCUAACGCCCAGUUAUAUCUUAAGCGUUAUUGUAACGCUAAAAGUUCCAAAGCUCUUUUUUAACUUUUGACAUAGACAAGCCAGGGAAAAUUGGUCGACUUCGCUGGAAAGAGCGCCAUUAAAGUUAAUAGACUUGCCCAGUUGUUAAAAACUGACAAAGAUAUACCUCCUCAAAGACGCCAAAUUUUACAGACCAUUGUAUUGCGGGGGAAACAAUCUGACCCCAACUAACUCUCAAACUUAGCAAGUUUACUUAUUUCAAGACGUUCUUUCCAGUAGUGGUCCAUGCCAAAAGAUGAAAUAACCAUGCAAGGGUCUGUUGGUUCGUUUUGUCCACAGGCUCGUGAGUGAUUGUGCUAAAGCAACUUUGAAAGCUGGCUACAAAUAUUUUGGCAUACAGUUCUUUGCCCAGUGUUGGUCCGGAAAGAGCAAGAUAGCCUAUAAUGCUGUUGGCAAAUCAAGCAAAUGCUUUGCUGGCCUGUUUUUCCCAAAGUGUGAUAAUUCACCUUGCGUGUACUGUACAGGGGCAAACGGAGUGAACUACGUAUAUAAAAUCAAUUCAUGAUUGCCCUCCUCAUGCAGGUAAAAUAACAAAAACCAAGAACUAUAAGAUCAAUUGAGAUUUCCGGUUAACUGACUACCUACCCCUCCCCUAAAUCACUAUUUUGCCUUAGGUGAGAAGUAAGUGUUGAAGUUGACUUAGGUCGGUGGGCGUAGGGGGUACCUACAUAGGUGGUCAGUUGAUCAGAAAAUUCAAUUGAUCCGCACUAUACAUACAUUUGGAAUUUUCCAAAACAGGGUUUUAGCAGGGGUCCAUUUCCCCUGGCGAACACCUUUCAUGUACUAAAACGAUAUUAGCGCGGGCGAAAUCAGAACAAAACCCUACGUUCUUUUCCUUAUUUAAAGCCUUUCACCACGAAUGCACUCGUAGAAGGAGCAGGGCUUCCAUUUAUGCGCGAAAAGUGAUCUAAAAUGUAAUAUCUAAAUAUACACCGAUCCGUGAAAACGCCUGGGUUUAGACAGAGGUCGUUUUCCUAGACAGGCUUGACUUACUCGGUUGACUCUUGCUGUCAAACCAACCAUAGCAUCCCCUCCGUCUUGUGCGGAGACCAGUCAUCUGGUAACGUCGGUAACUCGACUAGAUUUUGUUAGGGACAACACUUCUCAUGUUUGGGUAUUAACUACGUUGCCAUAAAAAAAUAUAUAUAUAUAUCGGAAAAUGGUCAACAUAGCGAAAUUGGACUGGCAAAGAUGAAAGUAGACUGUUCACAAUCCCCUAUUUUUCCGUAAGAUCGCCGAGAUCGAGCGCUUUGCGUUAAGGGUAGCCAUCUUGAGGGUGUCGAUGGGGUAGUGGCUUUUACGGUUAUCGGCUAAAAUUUUGGCUUUUUUACGGCUAUCGGUUAAUUUUUUCAGUUACGGUUAACAAAAAAGUUAAAAAUUAACUUCUUUUGUUUCAAAAAGUUAGAUAUUAAUUAACCUGUAUUUUUUGUAUCUUUAAAGCAAAAUAUUGGUCUUAGGAUCAUCUCGGGAUGAAAUAAGCUAUUCUUUUGAAAAAUUUUAACAUUUGAUAGAUCAUACUUUUUAUAAAGUAUUGCACUUCUAAUAUUAUUUUACAAAUAGAAAUGUCAAUAGUCAAUUUGAAAAAAAUAGCAAAGCACACACGCGAACGCACAACUCAAGGCCGGGGCGCGACAUUCAUUACAACAGAAAUGGCCGUUUUCACACUAGAGACGGAUUAUUUGCGUGAGGUGGGUUAUCCGUUUGAUGAUUCGCGCCAGAUAGGUAAUACCUCUUAAUGUAAAAAUGGAAUAGUUUUCAUUUUGAAUGAACAAUCCACCUGACUUUAUCUGCCAAUUUCGACGGACAGUUUGAAGACGGGAUUAUCCGUCACCGCAAUGGCCUGUGUACAGCUGCCUAGCUCUAGUGUGAAAACGGCCAAUAACAAAAUUCCCGUGUCCAGUGUUUUUAAUGAUAGCAAAGGACUGUAAGGAACCACUGUCUACCGUUGCCUUGUCCGUAGGCCUCAUUAUUUCGCUCGUCUAAUACGUUUCGGGUCACGUGGUCCCAGCGAUUUCGCCACCGAAAUGCCUUGACCGAGAUUGCGUGGGAAGACGCCGUACAGGGACUAGGCCUGGCAAUGUCUACCGUAGCGUCAGAGAAGAACAUGGACAUGUUGUUUAUCGGCAACGUGUUUUACAAACAGUGACAUCUCUGCGUGUUGUUUCACUAAUGUUUCGAGGGCACGACCUCCUUAAAAUCGCAAAUAUUAAUCCCCAGCAAGAAGCCACACUUUCGCUCUGGAAACUAGCUGGGAAAUAAAAAACGCAACCAUAAGUGAGUUAGUACCUUCCUUAAAAGUACCAAAUCUAGGGAACAAUUUCUUUUACGGUUAACUCUUUUUUUACCCUAUUUACGGCUAACGGUUAAAAUUUUUCAAUUUUUACGGCUAUCGACUAAAUUUUUGGCCGUUUUACGCCUAUCAGUUAACCCCAUUGAGACCCUCCAUCUUGGACGAGUCUCAAAACUACCUAGGGAGCGGGGGGUGGUAUUUUUGACACUCAUUCAAGAUGGCUGGCCGUAACGCAAAGCGCUCGAUAUAGGCGAUGUUACGGAAAAAUAGGUGACUGUGAACAGUCUAAGAUGAAAGUUUUAGUUUUCAGAUGGGAAUUGCCAUGGCAACUCCGCAAGUCUCCCGUAAAAGUAACAGUAAUAGUAGAGAGCAAAGCAACAACGAAGGCGAUUGCUACUUUUCGGAAACGCAACUUAAAAGUCAAUGCGAGAUGCUUCAAACUUUGUCCCGCUUAUUAGUCAAAUUCGUCAAAUUUUGGCAAAUUUUUCUGGAGUUGCCUUGGGACUGUGUCAAAGUUCAGGAAAAAGAAAAGGAAAGUCGUUGACUUGUGUUCAUGUCCUCCAAAAAUCCGUGAAAUUGGACAAUUUCGUGAUGUAGUCUUGCAGCGACGGCAAAGAAAUGUACAAAAAAAAAGUGAUGCACCUGCCUAGCUUGCUAAUCUAAACCUUUUUUUUUUUUGCCUUUCUCCUUACCGUCGUCGUCAACGUUGCUUAAGCUCCCUAGUAUUCCAAGGUGCGUCUAGCCUCUCUUUCCCCGCUUUCGCGCUUUUCUCCCUCCCCCUCCCCUCCCCUUUUUGUGCCUACCACGCAGGCUAAGAUGCGUCUUGCUACCGAAAGCGGGAUAGACAUUGGCCAUAUGGAUCUCAUUUGACCGCUUGGUCUCCAAAUAAGUCUUAGCUGGAAGAUUAACUACCUAUUGUCUUGAAUUAUAGGUAAAACGCACGCCAUACUUCCAGAAAGGCAAAUUUCAAGGAUCUUCGUUGCAUAUUUUAAUCGCAGAAGACCACUGAAUUUGUGAAAUGGACAGCUUUCAAUUUCAUUAUCAUUUUUGCUUUUUCACCUCAUGGAUAAAUUACCAUCGUUAUUAGAUCUUUUCAUCACUCAAAAGUGACGAAAAUAAAUCUCUUCAAAGGCUUUGCAUCAUUUUUCGCUCCUCUUAGUACGUUUGCCAAGAGGCAAGGUGAAUUAAUAUUUUAUGAAGAACUAUUCACGGCUUAAAACGUUGUAUUUUUCACUUAUUAAAAUACUGUACUGAUAAAUGGUUUUUGCAGGGAUCCCACAUCAAAAGGGAAGCCACGAAGCAAAGGGAAUUUAAAACUGGUGUAAACCUGGUAAACAUGGCGUAAGAGGAAAUGCAAAGGGUUGCAAUCAAUAAGGAUAAUAAAGGAUAUUUUUGUCUUGACGUUUGUCUUUGUAAAAGAUUUCUAGCAUUCGUUGCAAGGUACCAAGACAUCAUUAGCACGCAACCGAGGCUUAUGUGGGCAAACAGGUGUAUUGUCAACUAUCGUGUAUAGGAAACUUUGUUAUUAAAUAUAUACACGGACAUUGAGGGGGCCCAAGUUUCUGUAGUACCAGAAUGUCCCUCUUAAACUGGUUGAGUUUAGAGAAAAAGUAAGGGCUUUCUUUCCCCAGGGACAAAGCAAGCUGUCUGUAAUAAUGAGGUGUCCAUAGUAAACGGGUGUCCGUUAAACUGGGUUUGACGGUACAACAAAAGAAUUAUGAUCAGAAUGUUCUUUCUUCAACCGGUGAAACAGAAGAGAAGUCAAAAUGAAAUCCAUAGUCUCCCAAAGGGAGUUGAAACCAUCAACUUCUAGUAGGGGUACUUGCCAUUAG